UCAAUUUCAUCUUCAAGUUCCAUGUAGCCAUUUUUUCUCCACUUCCAUCUGUACUGGGACUCAAAUCCUUCAUAACCUUUUCCAUUUUCUUUUUUUUUUCCCCCUUAUUCAUGGUUUUAAGCUUAGAAUAAAUAUUUUUUUUUACUGUUGCUUCAGGGGUGUCUUAAUUAAUUUAAUGUACUAGUACAGAAAUCUCUUUGAUGGCGCAAUUUAAGGGAAGACAAUAAAAGUGCGCCUUGCCUUUCAUUUUCCUUAUUAGCCACUUCCUCGUAUUCAAUAUUCUUCAGACUCCAUCACUUCUACUCUCUUAUUAUCUUUUCACUUCCCAAUUUGUUCAAAUCACCCAACAACUAUUCAUUGCUUAAUUAUAUCCUCCCUGUUUUCGGUGCUUUUCGACUUCAGCCGUUGUUGUUGUUUCCUUAAUUUCUUGAUCGAUCGUGGAAAUAUUAUUAGCGAGAUGCUUACGUGCAUAGCUCGUUCGAAGCAACCGACCGAUGAUUCGCUUGAUCAACCUGACAAAUACAAUCCAAAUACUGCUCCCUCCAAUAAACAAUCCGUUAAAACACUCACUUCUCAGAUCAAGGACAUGGCAUUGAAAGCAUCUGGAGCAUACAAGCAAUGUGGUCCGUGUGCGACUCAGCCGACGACUCUGCGUAAGAACGGAAGCCAGAACGACUCCGACUCUGCCUCAUUAGAUAAAUUCCGGUGGUCUUACAAGAGAACAGGGAGUUCGAGUUCAAGCUCGACGGCUGGAAGGAAGGAGCUGGAGGCGAGGCUAAAGGGGAUAUCGAGCGGGGAAGUUACGCCGGUAUCGGCGUCUGCGAGUGGACGCCGAGUUGAACCGGUAGUCUUCGUUGAAGAAAGCGAGCCGAAAGAGUGGGUGGCUCAGGUCGAACCGGGCGUUCUCAUCACUUUCGUUUCUUUACCACGUGGCGGCAAUGAUCUCAAGCGGAUUCGAUUCAGUCGAGAAAUGUUUAAUAAGUACCAAGCUCAAAGGUGGUGGUCAGAGAAUUGGGAGAAGGUAAUGGAGCUUUAUAAUGUCCAAAGGUUGAAUCGCCAAGCUUUUCCCCUGCCAACACCACCAAGAUCUGAAGACGAGAAUUCAAAAAUCGAAUCGAUUGAAGACAGUCCUGUGACACCCCCACUCACUAAAGAACGACUACCCCGUACUUUGUUCCGUCCAAUGUAUUCAUCAUCUGAUUCUCUUGAACUACACUCGACCCAUUCUCGCUAUAAUUAUGACUCUUGCGGUGUCUCCUCAACCCCAAAACUCUCAAGCAUCAGUGGAACAAAGACGGAAAUGUCGUCAAUGGAUGCCUCUAUGAGGACUAGCACAUCAAGAGAUGCAGAUCGCUCUGGAGAGCUAUCCAUCAGCAAUGCCAGUGAUCUCGAAACAGAAUGGGUUGAGCAAGAUGAGCCUGGGGUUUACAUCACUGUACGAGGGCUACCAGAUGGUAGAAGAGAACUCAAACGUGUCAGAUUCAGCCGAGAAAAAUUUGGAGAAGUGCAUGCCAGGUUAUGGUGGGAAGAAAAUCGUGCUAGGAUACACAAACAAUACCUGGGAUGAGAGCUCUUAUUGCAAAUAUUGCUACAUUUGCUGUUGAUAGCCAAUUGACGAGAUGUUGCCUACUUGGGUGUUGCACUUCUUUGGCAAUACUCAUAGUAUUCAUUAUAUAUAUGUGGAGCCAGAGAUUAGUAUAGGAGAGGCAAUAUACAAAGAAGAAUCCAAGCUUUGUUACCUUUGCAGAACAACCACCUAGGUUGUUGACAUGUUCUUCUUCU